AUGGACGACCGCGACGACCGCGAGGCCCGCGUGCUCGACUUCCUCGACGACAAGCUGCAGACGCCCGCCGACCUCGACUCGCUCGACGCCCUGCUGGCCAACGUCACCGCCCAGCACGGCCUCCUGCGCCAGCAGCUCGACGGCGCCCAGCGCGACCUCGACGACGCAAAGCACCGCCAGCGCGCCCACCACCAACAGCUGCAGCUCAAGGCCACCGCCUUCCGCCGCGACCAGCACGACAUCGACCGCCGCCUGCACGUCAUCACCGCCUCCGACUCGAGCGACGAUGCCGUCCCGCGCUUCGAAGCCGUGCUGGCGACGUUGCAGCGUCUCGACGUCGCCGCCGGCUACCUCGAGCUGCUGCGCGACGUCGACGAGCUCAGCAACCACGCCCACGUCCAGCUGCAAACCUCCAACGAGGCGGCCCUGGCCCCCUACAAGCACCUGCGCGAGCUGCACACCCGUCUGACCGCACUCCACCACCACGCAGAGGGCGCCGCCCCGCAGCUGCUCCACCACGUCGCCCGCAUCACACACGCCCUGCGCACAAACAUCCUCGACGCCUUCGCUGCCGACCUCGACCGCCUCCUGGCCAAGCUCCACUGGCCCACCCCCAAGGCCGUCGUCCCCCCGCACCUGCGCCCGGAAUGGGACGCCGCCAUCGUGAAGCUGCUCGACCUGCAGAUGCCAGAGCUCGACGCCAAUCACUAUGCGAGCAGCCCGCCAGACAAGGCCCAACUGCCGCCCGUCCUGUUCCCCUUCCAAGUCCUCGUCCAGCCCCUGGAGAUGCGCUUCCGCUACCACUUCGACGGCGACAAGCCCACCAACCGUCUGGACCGGCCCGAGUACUUCCUCUCCCACGUCACCACCCUCCUCGACGACUACAGCGCCUUCGUCGCCGACUACCUGCAGCCCGUCCUGUUCAAGCACUUCCGCGGCACACCUCUCGCCCUGAACCCCGUCUACAUCGAUGCCAUGUCUGCCUUCAUCACUGCGCUCUUGCCUGUUCUGAGAACCAAAAUCGCCUCGCUGCUGCCCAAGGUAGCUGGCCAGCCUCAGCUGCUCAGCCACCUCAUCCACGAGAUGAUGAGCUUCGACUCCACCGUCAGAGACACGUGGGCGUACGACGGCGGCUAUGGCCUGUCUGGCUGGAACGGUCUGUCGUGGGAAUUCCUCGUUCAAGCCAACUGGUUCGACCAGUGGCUGCGCGUCGAGAAAGACUUCGCCCUCCAGCGCUACCAAAGCAUCGUGGAAGCCGACGAUUGGAAAGACCUCGACUACGAAAGCGUGGACCCCAAAGCCACAAAACCCACAAAGGGUGCCAUCCGUGUCAACGACCUGCUCGAAACGAUAACAGAUCGAUACAGACCCCUGACAUCCUUCAAGCACAAGCUUGCCUUUCUGAUCGACAUUCAAAUCGCCAUAUUCGACCAGUUCCACGAGCGAUUGAGCGAUAACUUGGAAGCCUACCUUCGCAUGACCACCACCCUGGGUCGCGCCAUGACCGGCGUAAGCAGGGAGGAACAGGAGAAGUCGCUUGGCGUCGAGGGGCUGGAGAGCCUCUGCAAAACAUACGGCAGCGCAGACUACCUCGAAAAGGCAAUGCGAGACUGGAGUGACGACGUCUUUUUCCUCGACAUUUGGGACGAGCUGCAGGAUCGUGCUCAGCACGGUGGCAACAUCGGCUCCCGCACCGUUGCCUCGGUCGCGGAACGCACCUCCAGGAACGUCGGAACAAGCGAAAGCGACGCCUCGGACGCGGGCGGUCUUUUCGACGAAACCGCCUCGUGGUACGCGCGCCUACGCGACCGCAGCGAGCAAAUCAUCACCGAGACACUCGUCUCCAACGUCCGGAUGGCGCUGAAGCCGUAUCGUCAGAUCAAUCCUUGGGCCACCCUGAGUUCGUCAGGAGGGAGCGGCAAAGAUCUCAGCCCUACCGCCGAGCUCGACCCGCUGCUCACCCAUCUCAGCACCACCCUAGCGUUCCUGUCCCGCGUCCUGGCACCUGCGCCAUUGCGCCGCAUCGCCAGGGCAGCCCUCGGCACGGUCAACGCCACCCUCUACGACAGUGUCCUGCGAGUCAGUUUCUCGACCCAGGGCGCUGCGCAGCUGAACGCAGAUCUCGAAGCCAUCUGUGCCGUAGUCGACGAAAAGGUCGGAGCGGGCGUAGCUGCAGCCGCAUUGAGGAAGUGCAUCGAAGGCGCUAGCCUUGUCGGCCUGCCUGUUCGAGGCGGCAAGACGUCUGCCAAUACCAGCGGUCAAGGCGAGGAGGAAGGCAUGGAGGCGUGGGGUGCCUGGGCUGCCGAGGAUGCAGACGCAGACGCAGACGCAGACGCAGACUCUUAUGCAGGUGACAAGCCGUCAGGGCCUGCCCCGCCAAAAGCAAUGUCUACGCGUGACGCUGACCAGCACGCCGACAGCGCCGACGCGCUCGGGCUGUGGGAGGUGGAGAAUCGCCUCUUUGCCGACAACCAGAGCGCUCGGGACGUGCUGGAGCAGCUGGGACUCGAGGUCCUAGACGAGAAGGAAGCGAGGCGAUUGUUGAGACUCCGGGUUGAGUUAGCCGGAUGA